AUGGCGGGAAUGGUUGAACGACCCACAAGGGGAACGACGUGUUUCCGAUUGUCAUUCCGAAUGAUCAAACGUCGAAAUAAAGAAUUUGUCAGACGGCGCGAAUAUGCGAAUCGAAUCAUCACCGCACCGGGAUUAAUCGAAUCAUCGACUCUGAUCGAUAAUCGUUCCCGGUGGGUAGACUUUUGCGGAAUUGGACAUUCAACAUUUGGCGAACGCAACGUGUGCUUGCUACAGAUCGAGAAAUUAGCAAAAAAAAGCAAGCUCUCCGCUGAUGAAACCAAUCCGAUGGCCAACACUGAAAAGUGCAAAGGGGAAAGAAGAUGUGGACGUAAGGCAAAUAUACAUGAAGUGAUUAGCUAUAAUGUUUCUGUACAUGAAAGGGAUUGA